GUGUUUUUAGAAGAAGCAUCUCAGCAAGAAAAACUGGCCCAAGAAUGGUGCUUCAAGCCAUGUGAAAUAAGAGAACUGAGCCACCAUGAGUUCUUCAUGCCUGGGCUGGUUGAUACACACAUCCAUGCCUCUCAGUAUUCCUUUUCUGGAAGUAACGUAGACCUGCCACUCUUGGAGUGGCUGACCAAGUACACAUUUCCUGCAGAACACAGAUUCCAGAACAUUGACUUUGCGGAAGAAGUAUAUACCAGAGUUGUCAGGAGAACACUAAAGAAUGGAACAACCACAGCUUGUUACUUUGGAACACUUCACACUGACUCAUCUCUGCUCCUUGCUGAAAUUACAGAUAAAUUUGGACAGCGGGCAUUUGUGGGCAAAGUUUGCAUGGAUUUGAAUGACACUUUUCCAGAAUACAAGGAGACCACUGAGGAAUCGAUCAAGGAAACCGAGAGAUUUGUGUCAGAAAUGCUUCAAAAGAACUAUUCUAGAGUGAAGCCCAUAGUGACACCACGUUUUUCCCUCUCCUGCUCUGAGACUUUGAUGAGUGAACUCGGCAGCAUUGCUAAAACCCGUGAUUUGCACAUUCAGAGCCAUAUAAGUGAAACUCGUGAUGAAGUUGAAGCUGUGAAAAACUUAUACCCCAAUUAUAAAAACUACACAGAUGUGUAUGAUAAAAACAAUCUUUUGACAACUAAGACAGUGAUGGCACACGGCUGCUACCUCUCUGCAGAAGAACUGAAUGUAUUCCAUGAACGAGGAGCGUCCAUCGCACACUGUCCCAAUUCUAAUUUAUCGCUCAGCAGUGGCUUUCUAAAUGUGCUAGAAGUCCUGAAGCAUGAAGUCAAGAUAGGGCUGGGUACAGACGUGGCUGGUGGCUAUUCAUAUUCCAUGCUUGAUGCAAUCAGAAGAGCAGUGAUGGUUUCCAAUAUCCUUUUAAUUAAUAAGGUAAAUGAGAAAAGCCUGACCCUCAAAGAAGUCUUCAGACUAGCUACUCUUGGAGGAAGCCAAGCCCUGGGGCUGGAUGGUGAGAUUGGAAACUUUGAAGUGGGCAAGGAAUUUGAUGCCCUCCUGAUCAACCCCAAAGCAUCCGACUCUCCCAUUGAUCUGUUUUAUGGGGAUUUUUUUGGUGAUAUUUCUGAGGCUGUUAUCCAGAAGUUCCUCUAUCUAGGAGAUGAUCGAAAUAUUGAGGAAGUUUAUGUGGGCGGAAAGCAGGUGGUUCCGUUUUCCAGCUCAGUGAAAGAAACAAUUAACUUAACAGCCUCCUCACCCCACCCUCCACCAUUUCCUUCAUGUUCCAUGGUAUUUUCAACAGAAUGCUCUUUGAAAGGUAAAAACCAUUGAAAAGUAUCGAUUAUCAUAAAUUCGCAAAAUAUUUUUGCAACCAAAACACAAAAGCAGGCUGAUCAGCUAAGGUAAAUUUCAUUUUCAAACGAGAGGGAAACGUGGGAAGUAAAAGAUUAGGAGGUGAAAGGUUGUCCUGAACAGACCAAGGAGACUGUUCCCUGAUUUAUUCUCUUGGCUGGUUCUCUCGUUGAAUUAUCAGACCCCAAGAGGAGAUCUUGGAACAAGCUCCCUUCAUGCCAGGGGUCUUUCUAAGUUAAUGCUGUGAGCAUUGAGCUCCUAUUAAAACUCUUUUUUACUUCAGAAAGAAUUCUACAGGUUAAAGGGAAAGAAAUGGUGGGAAACUCUCCCCAUAAUGCUUAGCCAACUUUGAAAUGUACCCUCCAAUAUCCCCACUGGCAACUGCAGCUGAGAUCUUAGAGAGGAAAUGUAACGGGUGUGAGAUCUAGCAAUGCAUUUUGAAUCUUCACUCCCUACCAGGCUCUUCCUAUUUUUAAUCUUUUCACCUCAGAACUAGACAUAUGGAGAGCUUUAAAGGCAAGCUGGAAGGCACAUUGUAUCAAUUCUACCUUGUGCUAUACGUCGGAGAGAUCCAAAAUUUGGAUGCUUCUGGAGACUCUUGGACAUCUUUUCAUUGUUGUCCAUUUUUAAAAUUGAUGAUGAUGGUUGGAAACAUUCACAUGCUUAAAAGCAAUGGUGUGAGUUAUUAACAGGUAAACGAAAAAGUAAUGACUUGAAAUGGUUUUUAAAUUGUUUGGAUUGUGAAGAAUUUUUGAAGUGCUUUUUUUUUUUUUUUUGUACGGCUUCAAGGAGAUGUUAGCAAUUUCAGAUCUACUAGCCAGUUUAGGUAUGACUUUGGAAGUGCAGAAACAGAGGGACAGUGUUAGAAAAUCCUGACAUUGGUCCGCAUGCAUGUGUUCACACCUGGUUUCACCUGCCCUUCCUUCCCACAGCCCUGAGUGUGAGAGAUUGAGAGUUGAGGGGUUGCUUUGUGGAUCUUGUCCAAAUUUAGUGAAAUGUGGAAGUCAACCAGGCCAAUGGUGGAAUUAAAUGUAAAUUCCAAGAGGACUUUCACAGUCCAUGGGGUUCAAAUGACUUGGGUAACA